AUUUCGUUGGAAUCUCAUAAGCAUUCAUAAGUUUCCUUCAUCACGUGCCCCACUUGCUGGAAUUUUACGAAAAGAUUUCGGCUUCUGAUUCACCGUCUCCCUCACCAAAUCCGUCCAAGAACUGAAGCCAUCACCACCUCCUCUCGCAACCAUUUAGCUCCCCAUCAGAGUCAAACUCGGACAUCAAAAACAUGCUCCCAACCCCUUGCACGUCCCAUGUUCCAUACACACGCGUCUACGAGCCAGCCGAAGACUCCUUCCUGCUACUAGACACGCUCUCUUCAAAGAGCGAAACCGACUUUCUCGCAUCCCGCUUUCCCCCUGUCAGCAGUAGUCCCCCACCCCUAACCCUAGAAAUCGGCCCGGGCUCAGGGGUCGUCCUCGCCUUCCUCACUGCGCACGCCCAGACCCUCUUCUCACGGCGCGACAUUCUCACUCUUGGCAUCGACGUCAACGGCUUCGCUUGCUCCGCGACGGCCGCAACCGUGGCCAAGGCCGUCGCCACCACAGAGCAGCAACAAGCCCGCCACCAGCAGCAAAACCACGCGGAUGGCAAGGACGACGGUGCCGGCAUCUUUCUAGGAGCCGUGCAGGGCGAUCUGGCAGGCGCCGUGCGGCCUGGGGCGGUGGACGUGCUCGUGUUCAACCCGCCGUACGUGCCGACGGCCGAGAUGCCGGCCGUACUCCCGCCGCCUGCGCCAGCAUCGACGACGACGAUGCCGCCACAAGAAGAAGAAACGGCGUUUGAGCGAGACUCGCGGCUGUUGGCGCUCUCCUACGCCGGGGGCAGAGACGGGAUGGAGACGACGGCGCGGCUGAUCGAGGCUUUGCCCGAAGUCUUGUCGGACAGGGGCUGCGCGUACCUGCUGCUGUGCGCGCAGAAUAAGCCCGAGCAGGUCAAGGAGAGGAUUAGGGCAUUGCCUGGAGGGGGGGCAGGAGGGUGGAGAGCCGAAACGGUUGGUACGAGCGGGAAGCAAGCGGGCUGGGAAAAGUUGCAGAUUGUCAGGAUAUGGCGUGAUUCGUGA